GUGGAAAGUGGAAAGAAUUGCAGUUGGUUAACCUGACAUCGGUAUCCAACAUGGCGCGAUACAUGACACUGCGUGACAGAGGCGGUCCAAUGCGGUCGGAGUGCAACAAUGCGAUUCGUAUUUUAUCGGAAUCAAUUUCGAUAUUCUGGCUAACGUUGAAAUGACUCUUACUCCGUUGAACAAAGUGUAAACGCGAUAAAUGAGUGCUCCUGAAGAAUCACUAAACGAUCAGGAUCCUGAUUAUGUCUCUGCAACCUCCAACGACCAAAUUCAGCAGAAGAUUUAUGAAGAAAAUGCAAGAAACACUACAGCAAAGAAGAUAAUUGCAAUAGUGGAGAGGGAGUUCUCACAAGAAAUUGAUUUGAAGGAAAAGGAAAUUUUACAGAUACAAGAGAAAUUACACAAAGCUCUGAAGAUCUUUCAUUUGUUACGCUACGUUAUAAUUACCAAUUUUUACAAUCGCAAGCAGUGCCAAAUUCCCCAAGCUGCAGAGACAACGAAACAGACAAGGAUUCACCCUGCGAUUAAAACAUUACUUGGAAAGUGUCCUAAAUCUUCGGGUUGUACAGAUCUUGCGGUGCCGUCGACAUCUACCGAUCCCCGAUUUUUGUAUGAUGACAAAUCUCUCUCAUCGGAUACGAACUCCACGGCAGAUGACGCGCUUACAGUCGAACGAACCAACGCGAACAAACGCGAUGGUGAGAAGAGAAAGAUAUUGGACGAGGAGUCUCAACCUCGUAAAGUACCUCGUUACGUGCCACCGAAAAGCAGCAUACCUGAGCAAUCAUGCCCGUCUCGCGGGAACAGCCACAAAAUCCGCAAACGUAUCAUCGUUGGCAAUAUCUCCAAGUGGAUUCCACCGGACUGGCGAGAGGACGCGUCCAGUCACAAGUGGACGAUGUAUGUACGCGGUGACCAGGAGAACGCAAACAUCAGCACUUUCGUCAGUAAGGUGAGAUUCUUCCUGCAUCCCAGUUACCGUCCAAACGAUGUCGUCGAAGUCACGUCGUAUCCGUUUCACCUGUCCAGACGGGGAUGGGGCGAGUUCCCUCUUAGAGUGCAGUUGCACUUCAAGAACGUCUUGAAUAAACCCAUGGACAUAAUUCACCAUCUCAAGUUAGAUCGCACGUACACGGGACUGCAAACCUUGGGCUCCGAGACUGUGGUCGACACGUGGAUUCACACGGCGGAAUCCCGUAAUCCAGAGGAGAAUAAUAGCGACGAAUUAGUUGAAUCUUCCGUUAAUGAGUCUUUUAUAAAAAGAGAACUGAAUGAUGGCAAUAGUUCGGACAUGUCACUUAGCGUGAGUACUUUCGAGGAAAUUCAAGCGAAGAAGGAAAUGUCCGAUUCGAAAAAACGCGAACAAUUUAAUUUAUCAUUGGAUUUAAUUAAAAAUUUUGAAAGUGUCAAAAUAAAAACUGAAUCUAACAACACAAUCACUCGCAUAUUCGAUGACGAACGUGAAGAAGCUACAACGACAAGCUUUCAUAUCGAACAUGAUCAUAAUUAUUGUCACAGUAAAAAUUUGAAAUCUCACCACUAUAUUAUAAAAGAAGAAAAUGUAACUGUGGAACAUUUUCCGGAGAAUGAUUGUACGAUAUCUACGAUCGAUUCGCCAGUUAAGAAUAACAAAAAGAAAUCUGAUAUAACGGCUACCUCGAAUAGAUUUAAUGGUGACAUUCAGUCUUCCAGCAACCACCAGCCUUUAGAAUUUUUAAAUGCGACGAUAAAUGAUACGUUAGUGGCGUCAAAUUCCACAUUCCAAGAGAACGAUAGUCAGAAGCAUGUAUCGUUCGAUACGGAUAAAUUUUUACGGACAAAAAGUUUGAAGAAAGAGAGUGCUUUAAAGAUUUUAGAAACUACCUCGACCAAACGCACUGUGACGAUCAAUGGUGCCCUCAGGUCGUCUGAUGCUUCGUUUGAUCAUUUCGAUAAUUUACAGAAAGCCGCAAGUUCUUCGGAAAUUUGCAAUUCGCACUUAAAACCUUUACAAAUCUCCAUACCAUCGUCGAACAUAUUGACAUCUUCGACCAGUAAACAUGUCCUCCUCUUGAAGGACAAAAAAUCGAUACCUGUAGAUUUUACGAGUCUCCUUCCAUCGAGGUCUAACGAAAACUCGAAGGUAUUCGUCGAUGGCGAUGUGAGAGUUUCCGUUCCGCGGGACGGUAGCGUCGCGAAGCUGAACGUACGCGUUCCUCAGGGCGUGAGCAUCCUGAAGAAACAGCAUAACGUCAAGGUGAACACGCAACAGGAAGACGCAAUUAACAACAAAAAAACUUCUGUAUUCAAGCUGAAAGGUACUAACAGUCUGUUACUGAACGUCAACGAGAACGUGCCAAUUUUGAAGAUAGCGGACACGUGCAAUCCGCGAUACAAUUACAACGUCGCCGGGACGGCGAAGGGGGUUUCCUCGAUUCCCGGCAAGCAAGAGUCCGCAUUAAACGCGAGAUCGGAGAAGACGACGGUGCAGCGGCCAAAAAUUACUCUGGGCAAGGAUAAGUUCAAAAUCCAAAGUAAGAGGGAUCUGUACGAAGCGGUUCUUCGCACGAUCGACACCGUGAAUAUCACCGAACCGGAGGCGCUGAUACGAUUCAUCGUGCGCCGCUUGCCGAUCGUUACGCAGGACGCUCGCGAUCCCGAGUAUAGACGCUUGCAUCCUUACGCGUGUUGCAGCGACGAGUACCAGACGUACAACGUCGGGAAACAGCGAGCCAUAGAAUGGUACCGCGCGAAGACGAUCAAAGACCUUCUACAAAUGAAAUCGAUCCCGAGCGAUCAGCUAUGGAGCAUCAAAGAGAUCAUACUAUGGACGAGACUGCACGGCUACACUCCGAGUCGGAGUGCUUUCGGCGUGCAAGAAACAGCUGGAACGAAAAAGCUACAUCACGACGAUGUCACGACAUCCACGGCAAUCUUCUCCACGUGCACGGAACCGAUUGCGUUACACAAGUGGCUGGAGACCUGCCAACAAGAACCGAAUCGUCAGUCGACAGAUAAUUGUACCGAUGACGAAGACAUCGACGUCGAGACUGUCGAGGAGAGUUCGCGUAGAAUCGCAAUUGAUCGGAGAAGAGACGACAGUAACCAGAUUAGCAAUUGUUCAAGCGGUUCUACGUUAAUACCGAUUGAACUUGACGAAAAUCUGUUGCCAUUACACAAUUUUGUAUGUGACACCGCGCGAGAUAUCGGCAUCAAGAUCGGACCGGAGGAGAUUGUCCCUGGUGUUCUAUAUUGUGCAGCUAGUCGCGUAAUGAUAAAGGUUGUUGAAUGUUUCGUGGAGGAUCUUGCUCGAUCGUCGUUGGCAAAAGCUUGGGAAAGAAACAGCGGAAAUGAGUGUCCCAAAGCCAUUACGCUGAACGACGUCCGUAACGCUCUCACGAGUCGAGAAGAAUUUGACAUUUUCACGAACGAAGGCCUGGGCUCGAAACAAGAAUUGAAUACAGCGGAGCUAUGACGACACGCGAGCAAUUACAGUCAAGUAAACGAUCGCUUCUUCGCACUGGAUAUAACGAAAUAAUUGGUACAUUCUUGAACGCGGUAAAAGAAAAUCGAGACAUAGACGCGAGUUUCCAUGUGGAGAAAUUCGAGAUAACUUAAAGUCAUUUCAAUCCCAGCCAACUGGAAUUCCGUGACGUUCGAUUUCACGUUGUAGCCAUUCACGGACCGGCUCAUAGUAAGUCAAGAGCGGUUCCACGCGAUACCCGGAAUACCCCGUUAUUGCGUGUAAUGCUCUUCUCCAAUUUGCUUUGCUUCCAAGUUUCAUGAUCGACCUGGAAGCCAAGAUCACUUUUUUACAUACAUUCGUACAUCUUCCACGUUCUUUACACAAACGUGCAACGAAGCAUUUAUAUGGACUGGACGGGAAAGUUAUUUUUUUACUAUUUUCUUUCCUUGUUUUUAAGAGAAACCAGAAUUAAAGCUAUUAUUUUAUAAGAA